GCCGGACCGCCCACCGGAUCGAGGACAAAAACAAUCGGCAUCUCUCUCACAGUACAACAUAAACAAGAGGACAGAAACGAAUUUAUUUGCCGUUUUUUUAGCCGACACGGGCAGCACGAAGGGAGACAUGGUUUCUCCGGUAACAGUGGUCAAGAGUGAAGGCCCUAAGCUGGUGCCAUUCUUCAAGGCAACCUGCGUUUACUUUGUCCUAUGGCUGCCCACCUCCAGCCCAUCCUGGUUCAGCGCCCUGAUCAAAUGUCUGCCCAUCUUCUGCCUGUGGGUGUUUUUGCUGGCCCACGGCUUCAGCUUCCUCGGUGCUCACUCCAGCGCCCGCAAGAUCCUGGCUGGUCUCAUCUUUUCUGCGCUGGGUGAUGCCUUUCUAAUCUGGCAGGAGCAGGGCUACUUCGUCCACGGCCUUCUGAUGUUUGCCAUCACCCAUAUCCUCUACUCAUCUGCCUUCGGGAUGAAGCCCCUCAACAUGCAUGCUGGCCUGGUGAUCACUGCCAUGUCCUCUCUGAGCUACAUGCUGCUGUACCCCUACCUGUCCGGUCCCUUCACCUACCUGGUGGCCGUCUACAUCGCCCUGAUCGGCUUCAUGGGUUGGAGGGCCAUCGCAGGCUUGCAGCUGACCAACGACCUGUGGACCUGGACCAAGCUGUCGGCAUGCCUCGGCGCCGUGCUCUUCAUGGUCUCCGACCUCACCAUCGCCGUCAACAAGUUCUGCUUCCCCGUGCCCCAUUCGCGAGCCAUCAUCAUGGCCACCUACUACGCCGCCCAGAUGCUCAUAGCGCUGUCCGCUGUGGAGUGCCAGGACAUGGAGGUGGCGCGGAAGAGAACAUGAGGCGCUGCGGUCUCCAAAGAGCAUGAGGCUGGGAUGGCGGCAGCUGCUCCCCCUCCGGCCCUGAGUGAUCAUGGACACAUCUCACUGCCAGAUCCCCGACCCCCGGCCUUCAUCUCAGCGUGGCGCUCCCAGACCGCCGUCACCAUGGCAACUGGUCCACCACAGUUUAUACAUGGCUAUCACCCACUAAUAUGGUAGUGUCACAUGUGUCUUCUUACCUAGAAGAUGGGAUCAUCUUCAGCCUCUCCCGACAACAGUCCUACCUGCCUCUUCCGAACCUAGAAAGGCUGUCUCUCAACCUAGUUACCAUGGAGACAAGUGUAGUGAUAAUAAUCUGCUAUGUAGAGAGUAUUCAUUUAGUUUAACUGCUAUGUUUUAAUUUAACGGGAGCGUGUCGCUGGUCACCUUUAGGGAGUGCGUAUGGGAGAGUGAUGUUGUGUGUGCGCAUUUAUGUGUUUGAUUAACACUCUUACCUCGCCUUCCACACAGUCCUCUCACACACGGUCACACACUGACUCCCAGCAAACACGUCUAUUUCAUGUGGUCCAGUAAUGCAAUUUACAAUUAUAUGUUUGUAAUGUGUUUAAUUGCUUCGUACCUUGUUAAAAAAGGGAGCUGUUUUGUUUUUUUGUAGUUUGCCCAGUUUUGUUUUUGACUCUCCAUUGCUCUGUGUUCCCUUGAAUUAAGGGUGCUAUUCUCAAAGUCAGGAGCAUAUUUUCCUUCCUGUUUUACCAUCCUCAGUCCCUUCCAUUCCACUCGCUGCCUUUGUUCGCUCACUAUUUAACAUCCCACCAGUCUCUCUGGAUGAACUGAAUCUUUCUUUUUUCUAUUAAGAUGUCCUUGAAUGGCAAGAUGUACAGAAGAAUAAUGGCAGACAGACAAAAAAGUAAACCAGUGACGUGGAAAGGCAGGAAGGGGAAGUUGCGUGUCUACAGAAACCAUUGUGUAUUGUGGCAUUGGUGAGCCAGUACUUAUGCUAUGGCCCAGAGUGAGGUGGAGGUUGUUUGUGGAAGCUUGGUCUUUCCUGUUGCGCUCCUAUUGACACUGCUGUCAAUGGCCUGCCAUCACAAAGAGAACACAGUAAACACAGCAGACUAUACUGUACACAUAAUAACAUGCUGCACACUCCACCUCACUCUCCUUUUUGGCCUGCCAGGUAUUUGUUUUGCCUGCCAGCCGUUUGUUAAGAAACAUGGGUGCAAACGUCAACACACACCUGACACCUACAGCUCCUGCUGGUCGGAGUUAUUAGGAAAAGUUCACGGGGAUCUUAUUGCUGGACGAGAUCGGCCGACUCACGCUGUUACCAGCUGGAAUCUUUUUUUUUCUGUUUACCGAUGCUGUGUGUGUCUAUCUGGGCCUCACAAGGCAUUCACUCAGUCAUAACGACAUGAACACAAACACGCACACAAACGCACACAUCCCCAGGGUGGCCUGACCAAAGGAAGAAAAAAGAAAAAGAAGACAAGGGACGUGGCUGAUCAUGUGAGGGAACAGUUAUCCCAUUAUUCCUAAUAAUUCCUUCUCACCAAACACUUCAUCAGCUUUAAUCCACCACAGCUAAUCCCCGACAGGUCGGCUGAUAUUUUGUCUUUCAUCUCUCACAUAUUUCCACUUCUCACCUUCCAUUCCUCUCGCCCUCUGAAAACAGUUUAUUUUAAAAUGAAGUGUCUUACUGAAUAUUUAAGAAUUAUUCUGUAACCUUUUCUUUCAGAUGUCUACAUUUAUGGAUGCUUCUGUGUGUGUGAGAGUGUUGAGUGAACGUGUGCAUGUGACAAGUCAGAACCAAUUCAAGGCCAGAAAUGCUGUGAACCGAACCGACAUAAUUUAUACGGAGUAGACACACUACUGGAUAUUUUAAUGUAUUCUCACGAUGCUCUUAAACCUGUCUUCAUCCCCAAAUCCUCCUCAGAGCUGUAUCUUUUGUUUUGUAACACACAUGUAUUGUCAGUUAGGAAAAACUUUGAGUAGACAGAUCCAAACUUUGGAAGAUCUUGACUUUACUUUUGUCGUGAUCAUUUCAUGCCAAGUAUAUGUCGGUGGCAUUAACACCACUAAGAGGUUAUUUUAAAGGAAAGAGUUUUACUACAAAAGUGUGCUAGGAAUUAAAAGUAUUAAUCACGAUGAGAAAUCAGUGACAAGGGAGAGAUAUUGUUGUGUAAUCUAGACACACCCAAAGGUGUGCUAAAUACAGUAUCUGUUUAUAAAAUAGGCAUGCGUGGAAAAAGAAACAAACCCGUGUUGUGGGUUCCUUCUGCUGGGUCAUUGACCCCAAGAGCUGUCGGUAACAUACCCUCAUACGCACAAAAAAACCCACACACGCAUCAAAUCGUGUUUAUGCACCACAUCAGCCACCAUGACGGAUCUGCAGGCAGACCAUGGUGUUGACGCUCUUCAAGGUUUUUUGAAUAUCAACAACGCAGUUCAUGCUUUGACCAAGAAAGACACUCGGCCCAAGUGGCUAUUCUUUGCCCGAUACUUCCUCAAUCUCCUUUCAGCCUGUCAGCAUGCUUGUCAGCACAAUCUUUCUGCUUUGUCAGUCAGAAAUGUUUCAUCAGUCUGGCUAUGUGACCACUCGUCUUCUGUUCCAUGUUUUAAUUUGUCCUCCCAGCACUGCAGAGUCCCCAGCAUUUAAGAUGAGCCUUUGUGCUGACGGCCAUCCACAGAGGCUCGCUAGCAGACAUUUGUGUUUAUUGUGUCUUUAAUCAGGGCUUAGCGGAGUACAAGUAGAGAUGCUAGUUAACACAACUGACUCUAGUACGCUGCCUCAAGUACAACUAUGAGGGGAUGGCAAGACUGAGUCAAGCAGUCUUACUCAUCCGUACUAUGUGGGCAAUUUAUGUAAGCGCUGCUAACUUUGUCCUCUGACUUUUGUUGUAGUGGGUCCACACCAGAAGACAGGCUUUAUUUAGAAGUAUUUUUGCAAUGCUUUCUUGACCAGUUCACACUCAGAAAAGUCUCUCUGAUGUUCGAACGUGAAGUCUGAGAGUAAGAGAUAAACUAGUUGUUGUGCCUAUUUGGAGGAUUUAGUUUUAAUUAUUGGUUCUAUUUCACCUCCAAAGGGCACAAAUAACCAAAGCUUAAUCGAAAACUGAGCUCAUUUGAACGAGUGUAACUUAUUAGCGUUACAGGCCUCUCGUGUGUCUAACAACCUUUUGUUUUGGAGGUGAUAGUCGCCUUCUCGCCGGUGCAGGAUUGCUUCUGGCCUUCCAGUUAGGAAGGAGGUUAUUGUUGAGCGAUAUUGUAGCUGGAAUUAGGUUAGGAGGUGAAAUAUGACACACAGGGGAAGACACUCUUUCCAUCCGGCCUGUUAGCUGCCAUCCUGUUCCCCCCACAGAUGGCAGGCCAGCAGGCAGCAUCACUUUACCUCAGCCUGUCAACAGCACUGUUGUUCUGAGCUUUGUGUGUGCAGACAAAAGGGACCUGAGAGAGCUGUGGGAGGUCAGUAUGGUUUUGGCCUUCACAGCGAGCAAAGAGCUGGAUCCAGUAGCUAGAGAGAGCCUCACGUGGUCCCCUGAAGAAAUUUUCUUUUGAUUUACAGUUUCUUUUGCUUGAUUUGAACCGUUUGCUGUUAAUGCGCUGUGGCUCAGCAUCGUGCAGCCGAGACAUUUGAAACAAAGAGCUGUAAAAGUUUGUAUAUCUUCACUCAUGCAUGACAAGUAGCUUGAAAAGAAUCCUUUUACCACAGUGCUCACUAUACACCCAGGUGUUGUUUAUUUUCUGCAACUGACAGUCCUGCAUCAUUAGAAUGAGCUAAUGAGAAGUAUGUAAAAUACCCAUCUUCUCUUUGUAGUGUUAAUCUCAAUCUACCGUGCACUGCACUUUUCUGUACCCACAUUAAGGCCAGUCUGUCUCUCUUCCAGUGUUUAAAACCAAGGAUUGUUGUGUACUGUAUCCUCUGAAGUAUGUGCUCCUUUAUUUUCCUUUUCUUGAUUUUUUUUCCUUUGAAGAGAGAGAAAACAAAAGUUUUGAAAGUGACAAAUCAACGUGUGAGAAUCGUUUCUCUUGAAGUGUUACCGACCUGUACGUAUAACUCUUUCUUAAAAGUGUCAUCCUUUCUUUUUCAAGCAAUGAAAACACCAUUUUUUCUUUUAUUUUUGCUUGUCACUGUGGGAAAAGCCAAGUUCCUACAAAUAAUUAGAUUGCUGUUUUUUUUUUGAAGGCCUGUUACAAUGCAUCAUUAGACUUCCUUUCAUGACAAAAUGUUUCUCAUUUUUUAUUCUAUAAUAUACUAUAGGCUACUUUGUUGUUCUUGAUUUUCACUUUGUGAUUUAUUUCUUUCAUGACUGUAGAGAUGAAAGAGUUUCUUUGCUGUAGUGAAACUGCUAUGAAUGUGAAUAUCUAUUGGAGAAAUAAAUGCAAUUACAAUGCAACUUCAA